AUGGAAAAGUUGCAACUGAAUCAAAACAUGCGUGCUCAGAAUGACAAACAAUUUGCACAAUACUUGAUCCAAAUUGGUAAUGGAACAGAACCUUAUAUAGAGGAUGACUUCAUCAACUUAUCAAACGAGAUAGCUAUAGCAUUGUUCUCGAAUUUAACAGAAAAUGCAACUUCUUCUAAUUAUAUGACAGAACAUGGAAUUCUUUCAACCAAAAAUGAAUAUGUUGACUAUCUCAAUGACAAACUAAUUGGGUUAUUUCCCGGAGAAAGUGAAGAAUUUGUUAACUUUGAUGAAGCAAUAGAUGAUACAAACCAAUUUUAUCAAGAAGAGUUCCUAAAUACAUUGUUGCCAAAUGGUAUUCCACCACAUAAGUUAAUCUUGAAAAGAAAUUGUCCAAUGAUGCUUUUGAGGAAUCUGGACCCAUCAAACGGUCUUUACAAUGAAACAAGAAUGAUUUGUCGUAAUUUCAAGAAACAUAAUAUUCAUACAAAAAUAAUCGUUGGACAACAUUCUGGAACAAGUCUUCCUUCCAUGCUUCCCAUUAACUCUAGCAAAUGA